CCCGAAUCCACAGGCGCCUUCGCCACACCAUCCCUCUGUUUUCAGAAUAGAAAACCCAUCCUCCUCCGCACCUCCACCACCGCCGAUCACUACGAAAUAAGGCUCCAUAUGGAGACCGCAGCGGCCGGUGGUGUCGGUGUCGAAGAUCUCUCUUCGUCUUCUCCGGUCACAUCCGUCUCUCGGUGGACCCACGACAUCUCUCGCAAGUACCAGCACCUCCUCGACAAGUCUACUCCACACAUCCUCAACCGUUGGAUCGGAUUUUUCGCCAUCGCCUUCAUCUACAUCGUCCGCGUCUACUUCGUCCAAGGUUUCUACAUCGUCUCCUACGGCCUCGGCAUCUACAUCCUCAACCUCCUCAUCGGCUUUCUCUCGCCGCAGGUCGACCCGGAGAUCCAAGAACUCGUUGACGGUCCCACGCUUCCGACUCGGGGAUCUGACGAAUUCCGGCCGUUCGUGCGCCGCCUCCCGGAGUUCAAGUUCUGGUACUCUAUCACAAAAGCCUUCUGCAUUGCUUUUGUAAUGACAUUCUUCAGUGUAUUUGAUGUGCCUGUAUUUUGGCCAAUACUCCUUUUCUACUGGAUGGUACUGUUCACUCUCACCAUGAGGAGACAGAUAAUGCACAUGAUCAAAUACAAAUAUGUUCCUUUCUCCUUUGGAAAACAGCGGUAUGGUGGAAAGAGGACUUCAUCAACUGAAGACAUGAGCCUUCCUCAUGAUUAAAGCUUGAGCUGGAGCUUUCUAAGGACGUGGUGGUAGCAAAAAUUACCUCAAGAACUAAUUUUGGCACGCAGAAUGAUUCUUCUUUUCCCCAGAUUUUUUUUUGGGGCCAGCUCCUAAAUGUCCCAAUGAAAGUUAGCUUGGGGAAAGGUCAAGUAGUUGAUAAUGUCUUCUUUUUUCCUAUUUAAUAUUUAAAAAAAAGGCCUUUUUGUAUAGUAGGGACAUGCUACAUUCUCUGUCAAUGAAAUGUUGGUCCAGUGACUUCCAUUAGGGAAUGCCAGUCAAGCUGUGCAAUUGGGUUUAUUAAAUUUAUUUCAGAAUCAUACUUUUUCUUCUCAUA